AUGGACGUCAAACCAGCAGCCAUUGAGCACCUGCACUCUGCGGAUUCUGAAAAGAAUGCCUCAUCCGACGAAAGCCUGGUCCGGUUUGUCGGAUCCGCUGAGCAGGCGCCCCAAGCUCUGCUCACGUGGCGCAUGUUCAAACUCUAUGCGAUUCUGUCCUUGGGUUACAUGUGUAUUGUCCUCCAGGGCUACGAUGGCUCCCUAAUGGGCGCCAUCAAUAGUAUGCCUCAAUACCAGCGUUAUUUCGGACUCAAAGCUGCCGGCCCUUCGACAGGACUGGUCUUUGCCAUUUUCAAUAUAGGAAGCUUGGCUGCCGUUCCCUUCACCGGUCCCGUAAAUGACCAUUUGGGACGGCGAGCCGGCAUUUUCGCCGGCUGUUGUUUCGUUAUCAUCGGCACCUGUGUUCAGGCACCUGCCACCUCGAACUCUAUGUUCUUGGGUGGCCGUUUCCUGACUGGGUUCGGCCAGGGCUUCGCAAACGUCUCGGCCCCUACCUAUGUAUCCGAACUGGCUCAUCCUCGCUGGCGAGGACCGCUGUCCGGUCUGAUGCAAACCAAUUAUUAUAUAGGCAGUAUUGUCGCCUCGUGGGUUACGUACGGCACCGCUUUCAUAGAUGGAGACAGUUCUUUUCGAAUUCCGUUGUGGCUUCAACUGGUUAGUUCGGGAAUCGUUGCUUUGGGAAUCUGGUUUGGCCCGGAAACUCCACGUUGGCUGAUGGCCCAUAAUCGACGCAAAGAUGCCGAGCGUGUGUUGGCUGACCUUCAUGGUGAGGGUUCUCCAGACCACCCUGAUGUCCGCCUCCAGCUUGCAGAGAUGGAAAACAAGAUUCCCAAGGCCGGCUCCGACAAGCGCUGGUGGGAUUACCGGGAGCUGUUUAAUACUCGAGCCGCCCGCCAUCGCAUGAUCUGCGUUAUUGGAAUGUCAUGGAUUGGCCAGUAUUCUGGGAACGUCCUCGUCAGCUAUUAUUUCCCCGUCAUUGUCGCGCAGGCGGGAAUCGACAAUCCCCAUACCCAGCUGUUGCUGAAUGCCCUCAAUCCAGUAAUUUCCCUGGUGGCCGCCGUCACGGGCGCAUUGCUCUUGGACCGAGUGGGCCGACGACCAUUCCUCCUCAGCGGCGUGAUGGGCAUGUCUCUAUGCCUGGCCGUCAUUACCGGAUGCACAAAACUUUCCGUGGACAGCAUGAACGUGGCUGCUGGCCAUGCCGGCAUCUUUUUUCUAUAUCUUUUUAGCGCCAUUUUCGCCUUUUGUUUAGUACCACUUUUACCUUUCUACGUAUCCGAAACACUGGCUACGGAAACUCGUGCUAAAGGUACCGCAGUCGGUCAAGUGGUCGGGUCUGCAGCGUCUAUACUAGGCCAGUAUACCUCAGCCUCGGCCAUCUCCUCUAUCGGGUACCGUUACUACCUGGUCUUUAUUUUUUGGGAUUUGGUCGAAUUUGCAAUUAUUUAUUUCUUCUUCGUGGAGACAAAAGAACGGACUCUAGAAGAAAUGACCGAAAUUUUCGAAGCGCCUGACCCAGUCCAGAAGUCACUAGAAAAACGAUCAGACCAGACGGUGAAGCGCACAAUCGGGCUUGAGAGCCAGGACUAG